AUGCUGAAAUGCUCCAACAGCUGUGGACCAGGAAGACGAGCAAGAACACUGAGGUGCCAGGACAGCUCUGGAGUGUUUUGGCCUUUUGCUGAGUGCACAUUAGGGGCCACAGGAUCGUUAAACUUAUCAAACCCAACUAUCUCCCCAGGCGAUAAUGAUGCUACCAUUUCAGAAACAGUGGUUUCAAGCCAAACUGUCGCUAUUGCCUUGAUCCAGUCAGGCUACUCUGGAAUAACUGCAGGCAAAGAACCAGGAGCGGUAAUUUGGGGUGACCAAAUUCAAGAAAUUCAGAGCCUUCAGCACUUAAAUGAAACUGAGCAUUGCCUCAGCAUUGAAUCAUGCCGUAAACGUCUGGCAUGGUACGCAACAGUUUGGUCGGAGUGCCGCUUUGUGGAAACUGGAAAAUAUAGCUCGAAUUUAUCUGAUGCCAUAGAAAGCAUUCGUUUUCAAGACGACUCGGUUAAAUAUAGGAGAUUAAAUGAGUUUGAUGAUACUAAGGGAGUAAUGAGCUUGGAGAAUAAAAUUGUGAAGGAAACGAAUUUGCACAAUGAAGAAGCGAAAGAAGACAUAGAACGUUUAAAAAAGUUACAGCAAGAUACCACACAAUCGAUAUGUUCUAGUCAUGAGGGUAGUCGGAAUAUAGCUGAAGCUGAGCAAAUUUGGCAACGACUCGCCUAUACUACAAAAGUGAGCAAUUUGGGCUUCAAAAAGCGUCUUCUUUCCUGCCUUCUUCUGCCUGCCGAGUUAAUGACUCGAGCAAAGGCCGCAGUCAACCAGACUGUGGAUGAGAAGAGACCAGAUAUUACAACUACAGCCGCCAGCUUAACCAGAGCACGAUUAGCCGGAAUGACGGAGAACAGUAAGGCAUUAAACGAUUAUCUUGUCACUCUUAUCGAGAAAAUGCUAGGAACCGAAGGACAGCUGGUAACCACGAUGAAAUCAGGGGAAGAAAUGGCACGUGAGUUGCCUUUUGACUACUGCCAGUUGGCGUUUGGUAGCGAAGAGUUUGUAACUAAAUCAAAAGUAGCAAGUAAUGGAAAAGCCUUAAAAGUAAUACAAGACAACAAAGAGAUGGGAAUUUCGCCUGAAAGGAUGCAUCCUGAACAGAUAGAGGAGUGCACAAUACCGGUUUGCUAUCGUUGGGCCGAUAUCAAGCUAUCUACGGUAAGCAACAUUGUUCUCUUGCGAUCGAAAUCUUUGGUUUACUUUCUAAUCAAGUGUUCGAAUUAA